AUGGCUUGUUCCCGUGCUGUGUUUAGGAUACGUGCCACUGCCACACGUAGGGUUACGCAACUGUCUCAUCCACAGUAUGUUUUUCCCAUUGCCUCCCAUACCGCUAGGAGAUGCUUAUGAUAAACCGAGUUAUGUGUUUGGAAUUGGAAGCCGUUGCUUUCAACACAAUAUGCCCUUUAGACGUUCAGUACAGCCAGCCAAUCAGUUACAGGUUCAGUACAGGAUACACACACUAGAGCAAGGGGUGUCAAACUAUAGAGAUGCUAUUAAAUUACUAGAGGGGCUACAGUGCAUUUGGAAAGUAUUCAGACCCCUUGACUUUUUCCACAUUUUAUUACGUUACAGCCUUAUUCUAAAAAUGAUUACAUUAUUCCCCCCCCCCCCCCCCCCAUCAAUCUACACACAAUAUCCCAUAAUGACAAAGCGAAAAGAGGUUUAGACAUUUUUGCGAAUUUAUAAUAAAUAAAAAAAACUCGUACCUUAUUUACAUAAGUAUUCAGACCCUUUGCUAUGAGGGAGAGGUUGUUAUCCUGGCACCACACUGCCAGGUCUCUCACCUCCUCCCUAUAGGCUGUCUCAUCGUUGUCGGUGAUCAGGCCUACCACCGUUGUGUCGUCAGCAAACUUAAUGAUGGUGUUGGAGUCGUGUUUGGCCACGCAGUUGUGGGUUAUGUGUAUGCUUGUCAUCGGCAAGGACUAGGGAGUUUUUAAAGAUAAAAAUAAACGGAAUAGAGCUAAGCACAGGCAAAAUCUUAGAGGAAAACCUGGUUGUCUGCUUUCCAACAAAUACUGGGAGACAAAUUCACCUUUCAGCAGGACAAUAACCUAAAACACAAGGCCAUAUAUACACUGGAGUUGCUUACCAACACAACAUAAUUUAGAAUGUUCCUGAGUGGCCUAGUUACAGUUUUGACUUAAAUUGACUUGAAAAUAUCUGUCUAGCAAUGAUCAACAACCAACUUGACAGAGCUUGAAGAAUACAAAUAAAUCCAGGUGUGCAAAGCUCGUAGACUUACCCAAACAGACUCUCAGCUGUAAUCGCUGCCAAAGGUGAUUCUAGCAUGUAUUGACUCGGGUGUGAAUACUUAUGCAAAGUAGAUUUUCAAUACAUUUGCAAAAAAUGUCUCAACAUGUUUUCACUUUGUCAUUAUGUGUUUAACACAACAAAAUGUGGAAAAAGUCAAGAGUUAUGAAUACUUUCUGAAGGCACUGUAUGUUUAAAAUAUUAUGAUGUAACUCAAUAAUAAAUAAUAAAAAAAAAAGAACUAAUACCAAAUCUUGACUGUUUCCAGCUCGCUAAUAAUCACCAAAACAAAAGCAACUGUUUUCACAUUACGACGGCAAGGAAAUAACCCAUUUUCAGUGCGGUCCUCCGGACCUCGUUGAAGACCGAAUGCGGUCCCCCCGGGGGGCAAAAUGAUUUCGACACCCCUGCAACUAGAGGUUAUGCUAAACUAAUCUGAUUCCGUAUGUCACACCUAAACUUGUCUUGGAUGGACGGGGAUUGUAGACAGGUUAAUGUCUUCCGUGACGCAAGACUAUUCCUCACUUGUUUGAGGUCAUAAAUCAAAUGAAGUGCAUGGUUUGGACAUUUAGAAACGGCUAUGUAGGGUUAGGCUGUAAGACCCUGUCCCCUUAUUCUGUUCCAUCUGUAGCUUCAGUCAAAUGACAGCAUCUGGGUUCAAUGACCUUUCGUACCGGAUGUGUAUAGAGUACAUUUGAGAGCCUGUUCAUGACACUGUCUCUUUAGUAAUGCCAUAAAAGCACUGUGUAGCUGCUACUGCAUAACUACUGUUCUGUAUCUUGAUGGUGAAAUAUACAUUCCUUGAGAGAGGGAGAAAUAAACAAUUUCUGGGGAAAUGUGACCCUACUGAAUCUCACUGUUAACACUGAAACAAGACAGCAGGACUCCUUUACUUCACCCGGUAUAAUCAUACGACACCACAAAUUGCACAAAUAUAAAUAGACGUUCGUUUUUGUAUUUUAUAGUCUACCAUUGGCCUGUCAAAAGGCUGGUUCACUUGCUGAGGGCAACAGCUAAGGCUCUCCACCUCUGGAGGUCUAUGGUCAUCUUUUCCACCGUUAUCGGAGCUCAGUCUCUAUUGUCGUCCGCCAUGUUAAUUGAUUAAUUGUUUUCCUAUUCUCUGUGCAGAUGUAGUAAACCUGACUAAAACGGCCUGAGAUUAGGAAUGUAUUAUUACCGUGUUAUUACCGUGUUAUAUAAAUGUUACCGUAUGUUCAUCUUCCUCUCUACAGAUGUAGUGGUACGGUGGGAGCCAUCGUGACCUGUCCUCUGGAGGUGCUGAAGACCAGGUUGCAGUCGUCAGGCCUCGCGCUCCGGCCUGUGUUCCAGGUCCAACUGGGCACGCUCAAUGGUACUGGGGUCAUCAGACCAGGCUCAGGCACCGUUACACCACCUGGCCUGCUGCAGGUCUUACGGUAAGGGGUUGUCCUUCUCCUUAUUAGCGUGGGGCUAGUCUACUAUGGGUCUUACGGUAAGGGGUUGUCCCUCUUCUUCUUCUUAUUAGCGUGGAGCUAGUCUACUAUGGGUCUUACGGUAAGGGGUUGUCCCUCUUCUUAUUAGCGUGGAGCUAGUCUACUAUGGGUCUUACGGUAAGGGGUUGUCCCUCUUCUUCUUAUUAGCGUGGAGCUAGUCUACUAUGGGUCUUACGGUAAGGGGUUGUCCUUAUUAUCGUGGGGAUAGUCUACUAUGGGUCUUACGGUAAGGGGUUGUCCUUCUCCUUAUUAUCGUGGGGCUAGUCUACUAUGGGUUUUACGGUAAGGGGUUGUCCUUCUCCUUAUUAUCGUGGGGCUAGUCUACUAUGGGUUUUACGGUAAGGGGUUGUCCUUCUCCUUAUUAUCAUGGGGCUAGUCUACUAAGGGUCUUACGGUAAGGGCUCUUAUAAGUGUGGGGCUACCACAGGUCUUGUGGUAAUGGCUUCACCAUGUUGUGUACAGGGCUGUGAAAAAGUAUUUGCCCCUUUCUGAUUUUCUCUUAUUUUUGCAAUUCUUGAUACUGAAUGUUAUCAGAUCUUCAACCAAAACCUAAUAUUAGAUAAAGGGAACCUGAGUUUACAAAUAACAAAAAAAAGGUACAUAUUUUAUUUCCACUCUAUUUGUACUUAUUAUCGAUCCCCAUUAGUUCCUGCCAAGGCAGCAGCUACUCUUCCUGGGGUUUAUUAUGGAUCUCCAUUAGUUCCUGCCAAGGCAGCAGCUACUCUUCCUGGGGUUUAUUAUGGAUCUCCAUUAGUUCCUGCCAAGGCAGCAGCUACUCUUCCUGGGGCCAGCAAAAUGAAGGCAGUUAUACAAUUUUAAAAACAUUACAAUGCAUUCACAACACACUGUGUGCCCUCAGGCCCCUACUCUACUACCACAUAUCUACAAGACAAAAUCCAUGUGUACGUGUGUGUAUAGUGUGUAUGUUAUCAUGUGAGUGUAUGCAUGUGUCUGUGCCUAUUUACAUUUACAUUUUACAUUUUAGUCAUUUAGCAGACGCUCUUAUCCAGAGCGACUUACAGUUAGUGAAUACAUUUUUUUUUUUAUACUGGCCCCCCAUGGGAAUCGAACCCACAACCCUGGCGUUGCAAACGCCAUGCUCUAUCAACUGAGCUACAUCCCUGCCGGCCAUUCCCUCCCCUACCCUGGACGACACUGGGCCAAUUGUGCGCCGCCCAUGAGUCUCCCGGUCGCGGCCGGCUGCGACAGAGCCUGGAUUCGAACCAGGAUCUCUAGUGGCACAGUUAGCACUGCGAUGCAGUGCCUUAGACCACUGCACCACUCAGGAGCCUAUGUUUGUGUUGCUUCACAGUCCCCGCUGUUCCAUAAGGUGUAUUUUUAUCUGUUUUUUAAAUCUGAUUUUACUGCUUGCAUCAGUUAACUGAUGUGGAGUAGAGUUCCAUGUAGCCAUGUCUCUACAGUGAGGGGGAAAAAGUAUUUGAUCCCCUGCUGAUUUUGUACGUUUGCCCACUGACAAAGAAAUGAUCAGUGUAUAAUUUUAAUGGUAGGUUUAUUUGAACAGUGAGAGACAGAAUAACAACAAAAAAAUCCAGAAAAACGCAUGUCAAAAAUGUUAUAAAUUGAUUUGCAUUUUAAUUAGGGAAAUAAGUAUUUGACCCCCUCUCAAUCAGAAAGAUUUCUGGCUCCCAGGUGUCUUUUUAUACAGGUAACGAGCUGAGAUUAGGAGCACACUCUUAAAAGGAGUGCUCCUAAUCUCAGUUUGUUACCUGUAUAAAAGACACCUGUCCACAGAAGCAAUCAAUCAAUCAGAUUCCAAACUCUCCACCAUGGCCAAGACCAAAGAGCUCUCCAAGGAUGUCAGGGACAAGAUACACAAGGCUGGAAUGGGCUACAAGACCAUCGCCAAGCAGCUUGGUGAGAAGGUGACAACAGUUGGUGCGAUUAUUUGCAAAUGGAACACAAAAGAACUGUCAAUCUCCCUCGGCCUGGGGCUCCAUGCAAGAUCUCACCUCGUGGAGUUGCAAUGGUCAUGAGAACGGUGAGGAAUCAGCCCAGAACUACACGGGAGGAUCUUGUCAAUGAUCUCAAGGCAGCUGGGACCAUAGUCACCAAGAGAACAAUUGGUAACACACUACGCCGGGAAGGACUGAAAUCCUGCAGUGCCCGCAAGGUCCCCCUGCUCAAGAAAGCACAUAUACAGGGCCGUCUGAAGUUUGCCAAUGAACAUCUGAAUGAUUCAGGGGAGAACUGGGUGAAAGUAUUGUGGUCAGAUGAGACCAAAAUGGAGCUCUUUGGCAUCAACUCAACUCGCCAUGUUUGGAGGAGGAGGAAUGCUGCCUAUGACCCCAAGAACAAAGGAGUGGCUCAAGAAGAAGCACAUUAAGGUCCUGGAGUGGCCUAGCCAGUCUCCAGACCUUAAUCCCAUAGAAAAUCUGUGGAGGGAGCUGAAGGUCGAGUUGCCAAACGUCAGCCUCGAAACCUUAAUGACUUGGAGAAGAUCUGCAAAGAGGAGUGGAACAAAAUCCCUCCUGAGAUGUGUGCAAACCUGGUGGCCAACUACAAGAAACGCCUGACCUCUGUGAUUGCCAACAAGGGUUUUGCCACCAAGUACUAAGUCAUGUUUUGCAGAGGGGUCAAAUACUUAUUUCCCUCAUUAAAAUGCAAAUCAAUUUAUAACAUUUUUGACAUGUGUUUUUUGUUGUUAUUCUGUCUCUAACUGUUCAAAUAAACCUACCAUUAAAAUUAUAGACUGAUCAUGUCUUUGUCAGUGGGCAAACGUACAAAAUCAGCAGGGGAUCAAAUACUUUUUCCCCCUCACUGUAUGUAGAACUGUGCGCCUCCCAUAGUCUGUUCUGGACUUGGGGACUGUGAAGAGACUUCUGGUGGCAUGUCCUGUGGGGUAUGCAUGGGUGUCUGAGCGGUGUGCUAGUCAUUUAAACAGACAGCUCGGUGCUUUGAAUGUGUCAAUACUUCUCACAAAUACAAGUAGUGAUGAAGUCAAUCUCUCCUCUACUUUGAGGCAGGAGAGAUUGACAUACAUAUUAUCAAUGUUUGCUCUCUGUGUACAUUUAAGGGCCAGCCGUGGUGCCCUGUUUUGAGCCAAUUGCAAUUUUCCUAAAUCCCUCUUUGUGGCACCUGACCACACGACUGAACCGUUGUCCAGGUGUGACAAAACUAGGGCCUGUAGGACCUGCCUUGUUGAUAGUGCUGUUUAAGAAGGUAGAGCAGCGCUUUAUUAUGGACAGACUUCUCCCCAUCUUAGCUACUGUUGUAUCAAUAUGUUUUGACCAUGACAGUUUACAAUCCAGGGUUACUCCAAGCAGUUUAGUCACCUCAACUUGCUCAAUUUCCACAUUGUUUAUAACAAGAUUCAGUUGAGGUUUAGUGUAUGAUUUGUCCCAAAUACAAUGCUUGUAGUUUUUGAAAUAUUUAGGACUAACUUAUUCCUUGCCACCCAUUCUAAAACUAACUGCAGCUCUUUGUUAAGUGUUGCAGUCAUUUCAGUCGCUGCAAUAGCUGACAUGUACAGUGUUGAGUCAUCCGCAUACAUAGACACACAGGCUUUACUCAAAGCCAGUGGCAUGUCAUUAGUAAAGAUUGAAAAAAGUAAUGGGCCUAGAAAGCUGCCCUGGGGAAUUCCUGAUUCUACCUGGAUUAUGUUGGAGAGGCUUCCAUUGAAGAACACCCUCUGUGUUCUGUUAGACAGGUAACUCUGUAUCCACAUUAUAGCAGGGGGUGUAAAGCCAUAACACAUCUGUUUUUCCAGCAGCAGACUAUGACCGAUAAUGUCAAAAGCUGCACUGAAGUCUAACAAAACAGCCCCCACAAUCUUUUUAUCAUCAAUUUCUCUCAGCCAAUCAUCAGUCAUUUGUGUAAGUGCUGUGCUUGUUGAAUGUCCUUCCCUAUAAGCAUGCUGAAUGUCUUUUGUCAAUUUGUUUACUGUAAAAUAGCAUUUAUCUGGUCAAACACAAUUUUUCCCAAUAGUUUACUAAGGGUUGGUAACAGGCUGAUUGGUCGGCUAUUUGAGCCAGUUAAGGGGCUUUACUAUUCUUGGGUAACAGAGUGGCUUUUGCUUCCCUCCAAACCUGAGGGCACACACUUUCUAGUAGGCUUAAAUUGAAGAUAUGGCAAAUUGGAGUGGCAAUAUCGUCCGCUAUUAUCCUCAGUAAUUUUCCAUCCAGAUUGUCAGACCCCGGAUGGCUUGUCAUUGUUGAUAGACAACAAUAAUGUUUUCACGUCUUCCACAAUCACUUUACGGAAUUCAAAAUUACAAUUCUUGUCUUUUCAUAAUUUUGUCAGAUAUACUUGGGUGUGUAGUGUCAGUGUUUGUUGCUGGCAUGUCAUGGCUAAGUUUGCUAAUCUUGCCAAUGAAAAAAUCAUUAAAGUAGUUGGCAAUAUCAGUCGGUUUUGUAAUGAAUGAGCCAUCUGAUUCAAUGAAUGAUGGAGCUGAGUUUGCCUUUUUUCCCAAAAUGUCAUUGAAGAUGCUCCAAAGCUUUUACUAUCAUUCUUUGUCAUUUAUCUUUGUUUCAUAGUGUAGUUUCUUCUUCUUUUUAUUCAGUUUAGUCACAUGAUUUUUCAAUUUGCAAUACGUUUGCCAAUCGGUUGUGCAGCCAGACUUAUUUGUCAUUCCUUUUGCCUCAUCCCUCCCAACAAUAUAACUUUUCAAUUCCUCAUCAAUUCACAGGGAUUUAGCAGUUUUUAAUCUUUUUAUUUUAUUUUUUAUUUUUUUGAGGGGUAGAUCAGCUUAAUAUUGCAGAUUGUAACUUCCAUCAAUGUAAUUGUCUGCAUCACUUCCAAUCCCCCAUGUUUUUUUAUAUAUAUAUACUCCCCUUUAUUACUUUUCAACCCCGCCAUCCUUUCCCUACUUGGGGUAAAUUAGUGAACAACAAUGCCCAGGCCUCUACUUCCAGCCUAUACAGUCAUUUUCUUAAUGGGUGCAUGCUUAUUAGUAACUGGGAUAAGUAAUUUCAUAAAUGUGUCAAGUGCAGUGUCUGGUUGCUCAUCAUUACACACCACGGACCAACAAAUAUUAUUUAAAUCAACAACAUAGGAAUCACUACAAAACUUAUUGUAUGACCUCUUAUACACUAUAUUAGGCCCAGCCUUUGGAACUUUGGUUUUCCUAGAUAUGGCUACUAUAUUGUGAUCACUACAUCUCUGCAGCAUUAGUAAAGAUAUGAUCAAUACCUGUUGAUGAUUUCAUUCCCGUACUGUUUGUAACUACCCUGGAAGGUUGACUUUUAACCUGAACCAGGUUGCAGGCACUGGUUACAGUUUGAAGCUUUUUCUUGAGUGGGCAGCUUGAUGAAAGCUAGUCAGUAUUUAAAUCACCCAGAAAAUAUACCUCUCUGUUGAUGGCAAAUACAUUAUCAAGUAUUUCAUACAUAUUAUCCAGAUACUGGCUGUUAGCACUUGGUCUAUAGCAGCUUCCCACCAGAAUGGGCUUUAGGUGAGGCAGAUGAACCUGUAGCCAUAUUACUUAAACAGUAUUUAACAUGAGAUCGUCUCUAAUCUUUACAGGAAUGUGGUUCUGAAUAUAAACAGCAAUUGGAUGUGCCACCUUUACCUGCAACGACUGUAACUAAAUGCUUCCUGUAGUUGCUGAUCAGUCUCUCACAUUGCUGUGGAGGAAUUUUUGAAUACUCUUGAAAUGAAUGCUUCAUUCCACGCUUCUGACAUGACAUAAUUGUGAAAGCAAUGGAAAGCUUGUUAUAGUACACCAUUCUACGUAUGUCAGAUCAGUGAUUACUUAAAAGACCAUUCUCGUGAUUCCUUGCUACCCAACCCGAGAGGUAGCAGUCAAAUCCUAAGAUUUUACAUUUUAGUCAUUUAGCAGACGCUCUUAUCCAGAGCGACUUACAGUUAGUGAGUGCAUACAUUUUUUUUUCAUACAGAACUGCUUUAUCUCAGCGACAAUUUUGUGGGUUUUCAAGCAUGAACUGCUCAUUUCAAGUCCUGUCACAUCUCAAUUGGGAUUAGGUCUGGACUUUGACUAGGCUAUUCCAAAACUUUAAAAUGUGUUGCUUUUUAACCAUUUUCACGUAGACUUGAUUGUGUGUUUUAGGAUCAUUGUCUUGCUGCAGAAUGUAGCCUUCGGGAUCUGUGGUAGUGGUGUUGUGCCAGGCCACACGCAGGGCUGCCAGGCUAAGAAUAGGCUAGAACAUGUUUUGUCCUAUGGGCCCUGGUCAGAAGUAGUAGGGAAUAGGGUGCAAUUUGGGAUGCUGCCCCUAGAAUAGGGUGCAAUUUGGGAUGCUGCCCCUAGUUGUGUAAACGGGCCUGUGUCUCUACUCUUGUCUAAAGAGGAGGCUCAUCUGAGGCUAGCGUGUUCCUGGCUUUGACGUCUGAUGCUACUAAUUUUAAAGGCCAUUCAAUUAAUCCUGUUUUUUAUAUAUGCAAGUACUAGAGAUUAAAGACAGAGUAUCCUGUUGUAAUCUAAGAGAUGUUUGCCAGCUGUGGGGAGCGCCCGCACACGCUCUGACACACAGUACAGCGAGGACACUUACGUAAGUGCUGAUGCCACCUGUGGAAAUGUCCCUCGCCUGAGGCCCAGGACCUGUUUUGGGCAGGGAAGGUUGCCUCAGACCACGUACAGUGUGAAAGCGAUGGGCGUGACUGUGCCUCUGCCAAAUUGAACACGAGGAGGAAGCAGUGCUGAAUGACGUCCCGAAUGUGGUCUGUGGUUUCUCAUGUUUCUCACCUCAAGGGUUUACUGCUGGGGGCCUUUGGCUGACUGACUGAACCAGUCUGGACUGGACUCGGCUGAAUGGUUCAGAGGUGAAUGGCUCAAAUAAUAUUCUCAACCUUUUCACCCAGUGCAGUUUUAACAUUUGACCUUUGAAACUGACCAAAAAUGACGCUUGGAAGUGGGCCAUUGUAAUUAUAAGUGACUCCACAAUCUUCAAGCAUCCAUUUUGGUUAAUUUCGCCAAUAAUCGUUGAAUGAACCUCGUCUCCAAAAUCCUUGUUUAUCCAAUGUUGUCUGUAGUGACAGGAUAACUAGCUCUGUAAAUCCAUAACAUGAGAACUUCUAAAUCCUUUAUUUCCUGAAGGGUGUUUCUUUUGAGGCCGAAUUGAAUUAAAUGACGUCGUUACAGUGAGGGGAAAACAAAAGGUGCGAAUAACAGUGUCCUUUAAAUAAAGGUUUACAGCAGAGAGCGGUACUUAUGCUUUAGUCCUGUUGUGUCCACCCAUCUGGGCUAUACCUAUUUUUCUGCUACUGGAAUAAAUGUAAUUCUCUCCUGUGUGUGUGUGAGAGAGAGUGAGAAGUCAAUCCCCCAGAAGAGACUGAUUUCAUAGUGCAUUUCCAGUUUCAAAGGGGACUGGGUGAGAGUAGGAUCUCGUCCAAAACAAUCUCCAGUGGUGUGGGUGAUAUGGCCAAAAAUUCAUAUCGCGAUAAAUGAACUGAAUUAUCACUAAUGAUUAAAUUGAACAAUAUACCCAUCGCGGUAAAUGCUGCCUGGCCGCUGCAGACGUGGGAGUGACCGUACAGUGCCGUUAACCCUACCACUGAAUACACGUCCUAAAUAGAUGUUCUUGUCAAACAUGAAAGUGUGUAUUCAAUUGACUUAUUUUAUUUUUAUUUUUUAUAGUCAAUUCUAGAGAAAGAGGGACCAAGGUCGCUUUUCCGGGGACUGGGUCCCAAUCUUGUUGGGGUGGCCCCUUCAAGGUAAGUCUACUAUAUGGCACACGGACUGCAUUCGUUUUGGUGUAAGUCGUGUUUGUGUCCACACCCUUAACACCCCUCCCUCCCUCCCUCCCUCCCUCCCUCCCUCCCUCUCUUCCUCCCUCCCUCCCCCCUCCCUCCCUCCCUCCCUCCCUCCCUCCCUCCCUCCCUCCCUCCCUCCCUCCCUCCCUCCCCUCCUCCCCUCCCUCCCUCCCUCCCCCUCCCUCCCCUCCCUCCCCUCCCCUCCCUCCCCCCCUCCCACCCCUCCCUCCCUCCCCUCCCUCUCUUCCUCCCUCCCUCCCCUCGCCCUCCCACCCCUCCCUCCUCCCUCCCACUCACCACUCACCUUUUACACUGUCAUUACCAAGGACCAGCUUUUAGACUUUAAGAUAUUAUUACUGCUGUGUUGUUGAAUUAAGACAAAUACGUCUCUAAUUACAUUUGUUUUCGCCAUGCAUUUGUCCAAAAAAAGAAAUGGGGCCUUUUGUCUUCUGUUCAGUAGUACACUGGAAUGGAGUAAGAGAACCAAACAUGGGGUUGACGAAAGUGGGGUGGACAGAACAGUGGGGACAGGAACAGUGGAGUGGAACAGAAGUGGGGGAAGGGAACAGAACAGUGGGGUGGACAGAACAGUGGGGUGGACAGAACAGUGGGGUGGACAGAACAGUGGGGUGGACAGAACAGUGGGGUGGACAGAACAGUGGAGUGGACAGAACAGUGGGGUGGACAGAACAGUGGGGUGGAAAGAACAGUGGGGUGGGGUGGACAGAACAGUGGGGUGGACAGAACAGUGGGGUGGACAGAACAGUGGGGUGAAGGAGAACAGAACAGAACAGUGGGGUGAAGGAGAACAGAACAGAACAGUGGGGUGAAGGAGAACAGAACAGAACAGUGGGGUGGACAGAACAGUGGAGUGGACAGAACAGUGGGGUGAAGGAGAACAGAACAGAACAGUGGGGUGGACAGAACAGUGGAGUGGACAGAACAGUGGGGUGAAGGAGAACAGAACAGUGGGGUGGACAGAACAGUGGGGUGGACAGAACAGUGGGGUGGACAGAACAGUGGGGUGGACAGAACAGUGGGGUGGACAGAACAGUGGGGUGGACAGAACAGAACAGUGGGGUGAAGGAGAACAGAACAGUGGGGAGAACAGAACAGUGGGGUGAAGGAGAACAGAACAGUGGGGUGAACAGAACAGUGGGGUGAAGGAGAACAGAACAGUGGGGUGAACAGAACAGUGGGGUGAAGGAGAACAGAACAGUGGGGUGAAGGAGAACAGAACAGUGGGGUGAACAUGAUGAACGGUGGGGUGGACAGAACAGUGGAGUGAAGGUGAAGAGAACAGUGGGGUGAAGGUGAAGAGAACAGUGGGGUGAAGAGAACAGUGUAAUGAAGGAGAACAGAAAGCAGAGUCCUGUUCAGUAGGCAGAACAUGGUCAUAAAUGGGGAGGUUCUACAGUGCAUUCGGAAAGUAUUCAGACCCCUUCCAUUUUUCCACAUUUUGUUACGUUACAGCCUUAUUCUAAAAUGGAUUAAAUCGUUUUUCCCCCUCAUCAAUCUACACACAAUACCCCAUAAUGACAAAGCAAAAACAGGUUUUUAGAAUAUUUUUCUGCUACAUUUUUAAAGACCUGUUUUUGCUUUGUCAUUAUGGGGUAUUGUGUGUAGGUUGAUGUGGGGGGAAAAAACGAUUUAAUCCAUUUUAGAAUAAGGCUGUAACGUAACAAAAUGUGGAAAAAUGGAAGGGGUCUGAAUACUUUCCGAAUGCACAAUCUGAACGUGUCCAGUAAGGAAUGCUUGUUUUAGUUUUUGCUACCAUGUUCCCUAAUGACUUCUGGUGAAAAAGUGUGACUGGGCAUAUUUUUUACUUUCACCGUUGGCACUUAUUUUAUGUAAGCAUUAACAACAAAUUGGCUAAAUGUUUAAUGGAGUCAAUGUUUUCACUCUCGGAUAGAGAUAUUCGAAAGCCAUUCUGAAAGCACACACCACACUAUCUAUCAAGCCGUAACAGCCAGGCACAGAAAAUACAGCUUCUGAAGGUAACCGGAUGAUCCCAGUGUAGACUUGGUUCCUGAGUCCUUCACAAAAGGCUCAAUGGACCGUAUAUAUAAAUGGCAAUUUUUCACUGCCAUGAUAUACAUACAGUACAUAGUAUACCGUCCUCACUGUGGUGUCUGUCUCUGUCCCUCUCUCUCUCUGCAUUAUGUCAUCGCCCAACUUCCAAACGCUGCCAUUCAGAUAAAUGGACAUUUCUACACCCCUUGGGUUUGUACAGUGACAUAGUAUACAGUCAUCUCAGUAAGCAGGGGGGGGAUCACUCUGGGAACCCCCCCACCCCAUGUCAAUAAGUGGUUGGCUGAUCCUCCCUCUCCCCCAUGAUAUCAGCCAGCUGAUCCUUUCUCUCCCCCAUGAUAUCAGCCAGCUGACCCUCCCUUUCUCAUGUGAUAUCAGCCAGCUGACCCCCCCCACCCCCUCAUGUGAUAUCAGCCAGCUGACCCCCCCACCCCCUCACGUGAUAUCAGCCAGCUGACCCCCCCACCCCCUCACGUGAUAUCAGCCAGCUGACCCCCCCACCCCCUCACGUGAUAUCAGCCAGCUGACCUGACCCCCCCACCCCCUCACAUCAGCCAGCUGACCCCCCCCGCCCCUCACGUGAUAUCAGCCAGCUGACCCCCCCCCCCCCACCCCCUCACGUGAUAUCAGCCAGCUGACCCCCCCACCCCCUCACGUGAUAUCAGCCAGCUGAACCCCACUCUCCCCCAUGAUAUCAGCCAGCUUCCAAACGCUGCCAGGCAUUCAGAAUGAGAAUAGCACUAGUCCAGACCCAUCUCUCUCUCACCCCCCCCUCCGGCCUGCCUCCGUGCUUAUUCAACCCAUUCUGCUGCUGCCUGUGAUGGGAUGGGCUGUUCCAGAAGCGGCGCGGACUGCUCUGGACAGGACACAUGGCACGCUUAACUGGCUCUGUCAAAAGCUGCUGCUUCACAGGCAUCAGGCAGCACCUGGAAACGUGACGUUACAUAAACGCAUACUGCAGUUAUAAAACACAGUGAAAGAGAGGCACACGCACUCACUAAGAAAUAUACUGUUAGGUACAUUUGUUUAUGCAUUGAAGGAGGAAUCAGUCCGUACGAUUUCUCACCCUUUAUUAUUUUUUUUUGUCUUCUGUCUUUUGCAGAGCUAUUUAUUUUGCUGCCUACAAAAAGUCUAAGGAGACGUUCAAUGGCAUCUUCGUCCCUAACAGUGGAGUGGUGCACAUCUCCUCCGCUGGCAUUGCAGGUGAGAACCAGUCUGAAGCAGACCACAUAGAACCGUGGGAGCCUGCGUAGGGGACGUGGGAGCCUGCGUAGGGGACGUGGGAGCCUGCGUAGGGGACGUGGGAGCCUGCGUAGGGGACGUGGGAGCCUGCGUAGGGGACGUGGGAGCCUGCGUAGGGGACGUGGGAGCCUGCGUAGGGGACGUGGGAGCCUGCGUAGGGGACGUGGGAGCCUGCGUAGGGGACGUGGGAGCACUCUACUCGUAUUCUGUAUGAAACAAAGCAAUAGAGCCAUGCAGGUUUUAUACCUGCUGUAUAAACAAUACAGGUUUUAUACCUGCUGUAUAAACAAUACAGGUUUUAUACCUGCUGUAUAAACAAUACAGGUUUUAUACCUGCUGUAUAAACAAUACAGGUUUUAUACCUGCUGUAUAAACAAUACAGGUUUUAUACCUGCUGUAUAAACAAUACAGGUUUUAUACCUGCUGUAUAAACAAUACAGGUUUUAUACCUGCUGUAUAAACAAUACAGGUUUCAUACCUGCUGUAUAAACAAUACAGGUUUUAUACCUGCUGUAUAAACAAUACAGGUUUUAUACCUGCUGUAUAAACAAUACAGGUUUUAUACCUGCUGUAUAAACAAUACAGGUUUCAUACCUGCUGUAUAAACAAUACAGGUUUUAUACCUGCUGUAUAAACAAUACAGGUUUUAUACCUGCUGUAUAAACAAUACAGGUUUCAUACCUGCUGUAUAAACAAUACAGGUUUUAUACCUGCUGUAUAAACAAUACAGGUUUUAUACCUGCUGUAUAAACAAUACAGGUUUUAUACCUGCUGUAUAAACAAUACAGGUUUUAUACCUGCUGUAUAAACAAGUAACGUUUUUGUUGCGCCGAAGUGUGAUGAAAAAGUAGUGGAAUUUUGUCCACCAAAAUGUGUGUAUGUAAUACACGUGUAUAUUUAUUAUAUAACGUGUUGUAUAAUGAUUUAAUUUCUGCUUUGUCAGGAAUCCUGGGGGGGGGAUUUGACCUCCCUGACCUUCUUGUUAUUUCCCUGAACUCCCAUCCAGAGAUAUCUAAAAUGAACUCUCUGUCCCUUUCUCUUGCUCCAUCCAGUGAUAUGACAUGAAGCUCUCUGUUUCUACUUCCUGUUUCAGCCUUUGUUACAAACUCCCUCAUGAACCCCGUCUGGAUGGUUAAGACGAGGAUGCAGCUGGAGAGAAGGUACGCACCUUUCUAUUAUUCUGUAGUUCUUACAUUCUACUAAUGGAAGCAGAACAUUAAAGGGUAACUGUAGGUAGUGUAAUUACUGUGCAUUAGGAAAGUAUUCAGACCCCUUCACUUGUUCCUCAUUUUGUUUAGUUACAGCCUUAUUCUAAAAUUGAUUUUAUUUAUUUUUUAUUACGAUAUCCUCAGCUAUCUACACACAAUACCCCAUAAUGACAAAGCGAAAACUGGUACAGUGGCCAGAUGGAAGCCACUCCUCAGUAAAAGGCACAUGACAGCCCGCUUGGAGUUUGCCAAAAGGCACCUAAAGUCUCUCGAACCAUGAGAAACAAGAUUCUCUGGUCUGAUUAAAACAAAGUUAAACUCUUUGGCCUGAUUGCCAAGCGUCACGUCUGGAGGAAACCUGGCACCAUCCCUACGGUGAAGCAUUGUGGUGGCAGCAUCAUGAUGUGGGGAUGUUUUUCAGCGGCAGGGAUUGGGGGGACUAGUCAAGGAUCGAGGGGAAGAUGAAGUACAAAGAGAUCCUUAAUGAAAACCUGCUCCAGAGCGCUCAGGACCUCAGACUGGGGAGAAGGUUCACCUUCCAACAGGACAACGACCCUAAGCACACAGCCAAGACAACGCAGGAGUGGCUUCGGGACAAGUCUCUGAAUGUCCUUGAACCCAAUCGAGCAUUUCUGGAAAGACCUGAAAAUAGCUGUGCAGCGACGCUCCCCAUCCAACCUGACAGAGCUUGAGAGGAUCUGCAGAGAAGAAUGGGAGAAACUCCCCAAAUACAGGUGUGCCAAGCUUGUAGCGUCAUACCCAAGAAGACUCAAGGCUGUAAUCGCUGCCAAAGGUGCUUCAACAAAGUACUGAGUAACGGGUCUGAAUACUUAUGUAAACGUAAUAUUUCAGGUUAUUUUAUUUUUAAAUAAAUUAGCAAACAUUUCUAAAAACCUGUUUUUGCUUUGUUAUUAUGGAGUAUUGUGUGUAGAUUGAUGAGGGGGGGGGGGAAACAAUUUAAUCCAUUUUAGAAUAAGGUUGUAACCUAACAAAAUGUGGAAAAAGUUAAGGGGUCUGAAUACUUUCCGAAUGCACUGUAUCACCAGUCACCACCAUAUGUAAUGUGAUCUUUGACGGGCCCCCAUCGUGGUAGCUGUGCUGUCCUUGGGUUACGCAGUGUGCAUGGUUUAACCUCUACGGGAUCAGUGUCCCGUAUUUGGGACGGUUGAGCUAACAUGCGAGCAUGACUGUUGUAAGUAACAGCAAACUUUCCAGGACAUAGACAUGUCUUCUAUGGGCAGAAAGCUUACAUUCUUGUUAAUCUAACUGCACUGUCCAAUGUUCAGUAGCUAUUACACCCCGACCGGCCAUCUAGACGUGUGAAAGUGUAUAAGCUAAUGAUCCAUCAUGUAUGACAUUCCUGGGAGUGUGUAAACUUAUAUUUUGUAUUACCAUAUAAUUUUUGUAUGUUCUCUAUAGUUAUGUACUUGAAAAUGUAUCAAUUGACCAAUUCGGCACAUUUGGGCAGACUUGAUACAAAAUAGUCCAGUAUUGCAACGCUUCACUAGAUCAUUCUGAAACUUUGCACACACACUGCUGCCAUCUAGUGGACAACAUCUCAAUUGCGCCUAAACUGCAAUAUUAUAUUGUGGCCUUUCUCUUGCAUUUCAAUUAAGAAGAAAAAAAGGAAACAUGUUUUUUUGUUUUUUAUUAUCUUUUACCUGAUCUAAUGUGUUAUAUUCUCCUACAUUCAUUUCACAUUUCCACAAACUUCAAAGUGUUUCCUUUCAAAUGGUAUCAAUAAUAUGCGUAUCCUUGCUUCAGGUCCUGAGCUACAGGCAGUUAGAUUUAGGUAUGUCAUUUUAGGCAGAAAUUGGAGAGGGAAAAAAAGGGUCAGAUCCUUAAGAGGUUAACGUGUCCAGGCAGGUCCAUAAAUACCCCAGCUGCAGACGCGUUAGGCUGCGUUGGAGGACGAGGCUAUAUUUACACAGAAGCAGCAUCCCAAAUGGCACCCUAUUCCCUAUAUAGGGCACUACUUUUGACCAAAUCCAUGUUCAAAAGUAGUGCACUAUGUAGGAAAUAGGGUGGCAUUUGGGAUGCAGAGAGCAGUAGGACCGUGUGAGGUCACAGUUACAAGUAUGUCUGGUGACCCGUCUACCCUCCAGACUUGUUCAUAUAGGUAGUCGGUCACUCAAACUAUAGCUAACUAGUGGAAAAAAUGAAUUUGUUAGAUGAAUAUAUUUCGAAAAAGUUUGUAUCAUGCUAAAUGCACAUUUCAUAAAGGUAAAAAAAGUAACAGUGGACAUUACAAUACAGGAUGUAUUGGUCUCUUGAGUAUUUGUAUGCACACUUCCCCACACUAAACAACACUUGAUCUGCUUGAGGUUGUGUUGUUGACUAGGUAUUGUGCCCCUGACACCUCUGUUCUUGGUCGUCUGCAUUAGGGCACACCUUAGCAGAAUAUAGCAAAACCACUCUUGUAGGACAAGUUCAGAUUGUAGGCUACCACCCAUAAAUUACGUUCCUGCAGGAAAAUGUUUGCUUUUCGUAUCUAAUUUAACCUCUUCUCUCAAUUUUCUGCCAAAUCACUUUGUGACAACUGCUGAUGUAGGGUUUUAAAUCAAAUAAAUACUGACUGACUGUCUUUUCUCCAGGGCGCGAGGUGAGAGGAAGACGAACGCGCUGCAGUGUGCCCGUUACGUUUACAAGACUGAGGGCAUGAGAGGUUUCUACCGGGGGCUGACGGCGUCCUACGCUGGCAUCUCCGAGACCAUGAUCUGUUUCCUCAUCUACGAGACGCUGAAGAAACGCCUGAACGAAGCGCGCUUCACGUCGCCAAACAGCGAGACAGAAAAAGGGGCGUCGGACUUCCUAGGCCUGAUGAUGGCAGCUGCUUUCGCUAAGGGCUGUGCUUCCUGCAUAGCCUACCCACACGGUAAGCAUGGGGAUUAACUGGUAUGAAUAAAAUGAAUGUUUUGGUAUUAACUUGUCAUACCACACCUCAACUACAACAACACACAUUGACGUAAGAGGCAAAACGCAACAGCUUUUAAUUGACAAUGGCCCAACCUACACACAUGACUCAAUACUAAGUUGAGUGAGCAGCCUUUAGAAAAACUGGACUUCUAAAACUCCACACAUUCCUUCCGUCUUUGGUGAAAUACUCUAUAAACUGCGUUCAAAAUCACUUUCUAAUUGUAACGCAUCUUUCUUCAUUUCUCCCCUUCUUUCCUUCAUCAGAGGUGAUUCGGACAAGGCUGCGAGAAGAGGGAAGCAAAUACCAGUACUUCUUCCAGACGGCACGGUUGGUUGCAGUGGAGGAGGGCUACGCUGCUUUUUACAGAGGACUCGUUCCACAGCUCAUCAGACAGAUCCCCAACACAGCCAUCGUCCUCUCCACCUACGAGCUCAUUGUCCACCUGAUGGGUGACUCCUCGCAGUGA